CCUUAAAGUAGGAGCUGAAGAUGGCUGCAGCUUCCUCCUAGACUCCUUCAGGAGGGACUCUAAAACCAGAGCCUGGGGGCAGCGCUGUGUGGCCUCCUUGCCGCUGAGAAUGUCUAUGGAAAUUGGACACUCUGGCCACAGCAGCACACCCUGACUGUUGGCCACAGUAACACAGGUGUGGAUGAGCUCCAGAGCCAGGGUCUAGGGGUGCACUGAGGAUCCCUGAGGCUACCAGGCACCCACAGCUCUGUCCAGACGGGAAUUUUUUCCUGAGAACUUUCACCUGUUGCCUUCCUAAGGAACCUGGCCUUGACCUUCCACACUGACGAUGAAGGGCUCCCCCGCCUUCCCUCUGGCCAGCUGUCUCCUCCCUCUGCUCCUCCUGGGAGUCUCAGGAGAAGUGUCUUGGUUUUCUGUGAAGGGACCAGUUGAGCCCAUCACUGUCCUGCUAGGGACUGAUGCCACCCUGCCCUGCCAGCUGUCUCCGGAACAGAGUGCAGCUCACAUGCACAUCCGAUGGUACCGUGCCCAGCUCACCCCUGCUGUGCUGGUGUUCCACAAUGGACAGGAGCAGGGAGAGGGGCAGAUGCCAGAGUACCAGGGCAGGACGCAGAUGGUGAGACAUGCCAUCGACACGGGAAGUGUGGCUCUGCAGAUUCAGCAGGUCCAGGCCUCUGACGAUGGCCUGUACCACUGUCAGAUUACAGAUGGCUUCACCUCCCAAGAGGUCUCCAUGGAGCUUCGAGUCGUAGGUUUAGGCUCGGCCCCUCUUGUUCAUAUGACGGGACCUGAGAAUAAUGGGAUCCGAGUGUUGUGCUCCUCAAGUGGCUGGUUCCCAAAACCCAAAGUGCAGUGGAGAGACCCCCUCGGGGACACACUACUGUCCUCCUCUGAGUCACAGACCCAAGACAGAGACGGGCUCUUCCAGGUGGAAGCGUCUCUUUUGGUCACAGAUAGAGCUAUAGGCAAUGUGAUCUGCUCCAUCCAAAAUCCCAUCUAUGACCAGGAGAAAUCGAAGGCCAUCCUCCUCCCAGAGCCCUUCUUCCCCACGACGUCUCCAUGGAGCGUAGCCCUGGUUUGUUCUAUCCUCAUACUAUCCGUGGUGAUUGGUGGGAUCAGCCUCGCUACCUGGAAAGAGCACCAAGUCAAAAGGAGAGAAAUGAAGAAAUGGUCAAAAGAACAUGAUGAAAUGGUUCAGAUGAAGAAGGAGACAAAUAUUGUACUAAAGAUCAGAGAUGACCUCCAGGUCGACCUAGAUCUGAGGAAGGCGCUGUACAGAGAAGACUGGAAGAAGGCCUUGCUCUACCCUGACUGGAGAAAGGAACUGUUCCAGCUGGCUCCUGUGGAGAUAAAUAAUGAAAGGCCAGACCAGGACAAGUCAGACCCAAAGACUGAGGAGAACAGAGGUAAAGAGACUGCAGACCCAUCUGAUGGCAGCUCACAAGUAGACCACAACCUCAUCAAGCUUUCCCAGGAAGGCUUCAUGCUGGGGAGAUACUACUGGGAGGUGGAUGUUAAGGACACCGAAGAGUGGACACUAGGAGUUUAUGAGCUGUACGCCCAGGAUGCAUCACCUACAGACUCCUCAAGGAAAUUCAGAGUCCUGGAAAAGAAGGGAGAUGUAUACAGGGCUCUUGCCUUCUGUUCCCAAAACAUUUCUUUGGAAGAACGUCUGUCACUGAAGACACGUCCGCUGAAGAUCGCCAUCUUCUUGGAUCAGGAGGACAAUGACCUCUCUUUCUACAACAUGACCGAUGAGACACACAUCUUUUCCUUUGCACAGGACACUUUCAUGGGAUCACUCUAUCCUUACUUCAAACGUAAUUCCAUGGAGCUCUCUCCAACAGCACAACCCUAAGCGAUGCGCACAGGGAACUCAAUAGGUGGAUGCUGCAGCAUGCUACCUGUAAGAUCCUCCUGGGCAGGCACAGGGACCUCUGAUGGAGGGGCCUCUUAACCUGAGACUCCAUGAGCCUCUGGGAUCAGAUCCUGGACAAGAUUCUCAGACCAUUUGUGUUGUGCAUGGUGUUAUAAUUGUUAAUAGUCUUCCUUCUUUUGACAAAAAUGUGUUUAAUCAUUCC